AUGACAACACGAAUCUGGAAAGCGAUAACGCGGAAGAAAAGAUUUGAAGGGGACUCCCAUUUGGACACAAACCUCCGCAGAUGUCUUGGUCUUAUGGAUAUCACAUUUUUGGCUUUGGGUCAAAUGAUGGGAGCUGGGAUAUAUGUGCUCACGGGUACUGUAGUCAGAAAUCAGGCGGGACCAUCGAUUGUGUUUUCAUUCAUUUUGGCUGGAAUCGCAGCGUUGCUUUCUGCGUUUAGUUAUGCGGAAUUUGGAGCGAGAUUCCCACGAGCUGGAAGUGCCUACACCUACACUUACAUUGGAUUUGGAGAACUCUGGGCGUUUAUUGUUGGCUGGACCAUCCCACUUGAGUACAUGAUUGGGAAUGCUGCUGUUGCUCGCUCCUGGUCCGCAUAUUUCGAUAAUCUUCUGGACAAUUAUGUGAAAAAUACAACGAUUGGAUUGGUGGGAGAGAUGGGGGAGCCCGGCGGAUUCUUCUCUACAUAUCCAGAUGUUCUAUCAUUCAUUUUGAUUUGUCUGUGUGCCAUUGUGAUUGGAAUUGGAUCCAAAGUUUCAGCACAUGUGAAUACAAGUUUUGUGGUCUUGAAUAUUAUUGUCAUUACCAUCGUCAUCAUCUCUGGAAUGUGCUAUGCUGAUUUCAACAAUUGGACAGGUACCACUUCCGAUGGUCGAUCCAAUUUUUUCCCAUAUGGUGUCACUGGAACGCUUACCGGUGCUGCCACAUGUUUCUUCUCCUAUAUCGGCUUUGAGGUUUUGGCAACCGCAGGAGAGGAAGUUAAAUCUCCCCACCGAACCAUUCCUGUUGCCACUUUUCUGAGUAUCGGAGUCAUUAUGACUCUCUACAUUUUAGUAUCUUCCACAUUGACAUUGAUGGUUCCGUAUGACCAGGUCCAUACAACUGCACCAUUCGCCGAAGCGUUUGAUGCUCGUGGAUGUACCGUAGUCAAAUACAUCAUCUCGAUUGGAGCCCUAAUCGGACUAUCCAACAAUUUGGUCACUGGAGUUUUUGCUCUACCAAGAGCUGUUUAUGCCAUGGCAGAUGAUGGUCUUCUUUUUGGAUGGUUGGCACAAGUAAAUUCGUAUACAAAGGUUCCAUUGAACGCAAUUGUGGUGUUUACAUUGAUCAAUGCGGUCAUUUCGCUGGUUUUUGAUAUUGAGGCAUUGGUUGAAUUCCUCUCAAUCGGAACCCUCUUUGCAUAUUCGUUCGUCUCCGCUUCUGUCCUUGUCCUUCGCUAUCAAUCCGCUCCGAUCGACGGAGAUGAAAAACGAAUGGAUGGUGGUGGAGAAUUAAGCUCAUGGAUUCCUGCUCGAAACUUUUGGGAAUCUCUUCCAUCUGGAACAUCCAUAUCUCUAGCUGUUGCUGCAUUGAUAGCCUCCUUUUUCUGGCUCUCGUUCACAUUUAGAACUGGUUUCUAUGAAAGUUGGUAUGGUCAGGUGUCGGUUGGAUUCAAUGGAUUGUGUAUAGUUUUGAUAAUGGCAUUUAUUUUGGGACAUUCUCAAAAUUCGUUGAAGACUAAUUUCAAGGUUCCUUGUGUGCCAUUCCUUCCUUGUCUCUCCCUCCUUGUCAACGUUUUCAUGAUGUCCUAUCUCACAUCUGCCACGUGGCUUCGGCUAUUUGUAUGGAUGGGUGUUGGACUUCUAAUCUACUUUGCCUAUGGAAUCCGGCAUUCCAAAGAAGCAAGACGGCUAACAACAAUAGCAGACAUCCGAAUGAGUUCAACGUUUCCAAAUAAGAAUAAUCGAAUUCCAAAGACUUAA